CAAACGUCUGCAAAAACGCAGGUUUAUAAUGUGACCAAGUUCCUUGAAGACCAUCCUGGUGGGGAUGAAGUUCUCUUGUCUUCAACAGGUAAGGAUGCAACGGAUGAUUUCGAGGACGUGGGACACAGCGAGAGCGCGAGAGAGAUGAUGGAGCAGUACUACGUAGGAGAGAUUGAUCCAACGACAAUCCCAAAGAAAACAAAAUACACACCUCCUAAACAGCCUCAUUACAAUCAAGACAAGACCUCUGAGUUCAUUAUCAAGAUCCUUCAGUUUCUUGUACCCCUUGCCAUUCUCGGUUUAGCAGUUGGCAUUCGUAUUUACACUAAAUCAGCCUAGUCUUCUUCUCUUUUUUUUUUGAGCAUCACUUCCUUUGUUCAUGUCUCUCUCUCUGGUUCCUAUCUUUUGUAAUGUGUUUUGCACUGUUUUCUGAACAACAGUCUUGCAGGAAUGCAACUGAUAUUGAUAUAUAGUGAUUUGUUUGA